AAAGCGAAACAAGUUCUCUUUUUAAGUCCCACUCCUCUUUGUGUGAAAUAGAAGAAAAAUAUAUAUACAAAAUAAAUAUCACGUACAAACGAUGUAUUAUAUUUAUAAAAUUAGAUAAAUGGUCCAUCCCACCCAAUUAAAUACCCCUAUAAUAAAACCACAAUAGAAAAGAAGGAAAAAAAAACAGAAAAUUCAACCACAAACUUCGUCUUUCUCUUCAAACUCUCCUAAAAUAUCCUUGAGGAGAUCCAAACUAAAGUUUUAAGUAUGUCUGGAAACUCUUCAGGACUGUUAGAUAGCUCCGGUGGCGGUGUAGGCGGUUUGGGUGAGGAGGAGAAAGAUAUGAAGAUGGAGGAAACCAACGAAGUAGGCGGUGGAGGAGGAGGAGGAGGAGGAAGCCGGUGGCCAAGACCGGAGACUUUAGCUCUCUUGAAGAUACGUUCGGAGAUGGAUAAAUCCUUUCGUGACUCUACUCUUAAAGCUCCUUUAUGGGAAGAAAUCUCCAGGAAAAUGAUGGAGCUUGGUUACAAGAGAAGUUCAAAGAAGUGCAAGGAGAAGUUCGAGAACGUGUACAAGUACCACAAACGUACCAAAGAAGGUCGUACGGGUAAAUCUGAAGGCAAAACUUACCGGUUCUUCGAAGAGUUAGAAGCUUUCGAGUCGCAACCCGCAAAAUCUCCUGCAGCGACCACGACCACGACCGCAACCACUUCUUUGAUACCCUGGAUCAGCUCUAACCAUCCAUCAACCGAAAAGACUCUUUCACCGUUGAAACAUCAACAACAUCAGGUUAGUGUGAAACCCAUCGCUACAAACCCUACCUUCCUAGCCAAGCAACCGCCUCCAACAACACCUUUCCCCUUUUAUAGCAACAACCAUGCAACUACACCUGAUCAUACUAGUUUUAAACCAACUUCGAAUGACUUGCUAAACAAUGUUUCGUCGCUGAAUCUUUUCUCGAGCUCAACUUCUUCAUCUACUGCAUCUGACGAGGAAGAAGAUCAAGAAAAGAGAUCGAGAAAGAAGAGGAAAUACUGGAAAGGAUUGUUCACCAAGUUGACAAAAGAGUUGAUGGAGAAACAAGAGAAGAUGCAAAAAAAGUUUUUGGAAACUUUGGAGAAUCGAGAAAGAGAGAGAAUCUCAAGAGAAGAAGCUUGGAAGGUCCAAGAGGUAGCGAGGAUCAAUAAAGAACACGAAACACUAGUCCAUGAAAGGUCUAAUGCCGCAGCUAAAGACGCUGCCAUCAUAUCCUUCUUACACAAAAUCUCUGGAGGAGGAGGACAACAACAACAACAACAACCACAACAGCAACCGCAGCAGAAUCAAAAAUUACCUCAAAGGAAACAAUAUCAAAGUGAACAACAUUCAAUAACAUUUGAGAGUAAAGAGCCAAUGCCGGUUCCAUUAGAUGCAACAAUGAAGAUGGGGAACCAUUCGCUAUCUCCUAGCUCUUCAAGAUGGCCUAAGACCGAGGUCGAAGCCCUAAUAAGGAUAAGGAAGAAUCUUGAAGCCAACUAUCAAGAAAACGGUACAAAGGGGCCAUUAUGGGAGGAGAUAUCAGCAGGGAUGAGGAGAUUGGGAUACAAUAGAAGCGCAAAACGAUGCAAAGAGAAGUGGGAAAACAUUAACAAGUACUUCAAGAAAGUCAAAGAGAGCAACAAGAAACGACCCCUUGAUUCCAAGACUUGCCCUUAUUUCCACCAGCUUGAAGCUUUGUACAAUGAGAGGAACAAGAAUGGAGCAUUGCCAAUGUUGCCUCUAAUGGUGACCCCACAGAGACAGUUGCUUCUUCCACAAGAAACUCAAACUGAGUUUGAGACUGAUGGGAGGGACAAAGUUGGUAACAAAGAAGGUGAGGAGGAAGGAGAGAGUGAAGAAGAUGAUUAUGAAGAUGAAGAAGAAGAAGGAGAAGGAGACAAUGAUACAAGUGAGUUCGAGAUUGUGUUGAACAAAACAUCUUCACCAAUGGACAUAAACAAUAAUCUUUUCACCUAAGUGAUUUUUAUAAUCUUUACCUUUAUAUAUACUUUUCUGUUAAAUUUCACAAUGGGUUGAAGAAAAUAAAACAUAUACAACAAAUGUAAGUAAAUGGCUUGAUUUUAGUUAUAUUGUUCCUUUUCGUGGUAUUUAAUAUAAUAAGCUUUUAUAUAUA